ACAUCUAACUACCCAAAGUAAUUGUCAACAAAAGAAAUCAGGAGAGGUGAACGGGUAAGUAUGCACCCUUUGUCUUUCUAACUUUUUUUAAUGACACGGAUCUAGAGGAGUGAGAAGACAUUUUUCUAGUCCCAUAUCUUUCUUAAUCGGAACAUCUAUCCUUUAUUUUAACUAGAAAUUAAAACAAGUCGCAGAAUAUAUUUCUAUAGCCACAACUUUCACGUUUGUGACACUUAUAGCCAAAACUUUUGAAAUACACAAAAUGUGCAUUUCCGUCCAAUGCUUUAACAGUAUCACUUAACAAUUUGACUAGCUUGACAAAAAUGUUGACCUGGCAAAAUUUCACCCCCACUAUUAGACGUAGAUUAAAAGAGAAAGAAAAAUGAAAAGUAAAAAAAAUUAAUUUAAGUGUCCUUCCAAGAACUGGCCACCACCUCCGGCUCGGCUCCAAGCUCCUCAUCGUUGCCUCUUCCCUUGCGAUCGCUGUCAAAAUCUUGAGAACCCACGAGCACCUCCUCUCCACUAGACACGUCCCCACGGUUAAAUCCCACUUCUCAAUCGUCGUUCCCAAUCCAAAGGCCAGUGACAGCUACAACUCCUCCGUAGAGCCUUCCUCUCUCCAUAAGCUCGUCAAUAUGCCUUAGUAACUCUUUUGUCUCCUCUGAAUUCGUCCUAUAAGCUGCCUAAUUUGAAAUUCUAGCUCCAGGACAAAAUCUAUUUGAGGCUCUAUCCCUAAGAUUGGAGGUAAUCCUUGUGAAGCUUCCUCGGGAAAUACAUCUUCAAACUCCUCUAAUACCACUCGUGCCCUAGUGGUAUGUCUCAAACCAAAUCUUGAUUAAGUAGCAUGACUUUGUAGAUGAUCAUGAUCAAAGGUUCACAAUCAUUAAUCGCUUGUUUCACCUCUCCGUUCAAGCUAACAUUAAUGCCUUGGAUGCCACAACACUAGAACCACCUUUCUCAAUCUUGGUUGUGGCUAUAUACUCCUUCUCCUUCUCCCUAUGUUGUUGCAUUUGGAGUUGAACUUCAUAGACUUCCUAGGGAGAUUGAGGAUUUAAUACGAACUUCUUACCUCUAUGCGCAACUAGUACUUAUUGGUGACUCCAUCAUGUUGUGCAUUUCAGUCAAACUGCCAUGGCCUUCCAAGUAGAACUUGUGCCGCUUGAAUUGGCACUAUGUCACAUAGGACCUUGUCCUUAUAACCUCCAAUUUUGAAUAUUGCCCAUGCUUGAUUUGUGAUCUUGUUAGAUCCAUGCUUAUUAAGCCAUUGAAGAGUGUAGGGCUUGGAUGCUUCAAUUUACUUAGCCCUAGUUUCUUCACUGUAGUUGCACUAAUCACAUUUGUGAAACUUCCUCUAUCAAUAACCAUAGAGAGUAAACUUUCAUCUACUAAGCACAUUGUAUGGAACAAGUGCUCCCUUUGUUCGAGCUGCUCUUUGGGUUGCACACUCAAAAUUCUUCUAGCAACAAUAUACCUUCCUGAAGGUGCUUCGAUCGCCAUUGAUUCUUAAACUUCACAAUCUGAUGUCUCCUUCUCUACGUGUUCUUCCUAUUCAGAUUUAGACACAUACUCUCCAUUCUCCAAAAGAAUUAGUGCCCUCAUGUUUGGACAUUAACUAGCAAUGUGUCCUCUUCCACGACACUUAAAGCAUUGAAUGCCACCACUAGAACUUGCUUGCCUUUCCUUUGGAGCUUUAACCUUGGCCGCAGGCUUUGGUAUUUUUGACUUGGGCAUGCCUGGCCUAGGGUUUGGAGUAGUAGGCACUCUUGGUCUUGGUGCAUUCGAGGGAGGUAGAUACCUUCUCCUAAGUUUGUUCUUCUGUUGUCGUUCAACCUUGGAAGCCAUUGACACUAAAACUUCUCAUUCAACGAAUGGUUGUAUCUCCAUCACAUUCAUGAUCUCUCGAACGAGACCUUGCAAGAAACGUGCUAUGGUGGCCUCUCGAUCUUCUUUCACGCCGACCCUUAUCAUCAACAUCUCCAUCUCUUUGUAGUAGUCUUCUACGCUCUUGGUGCCUUGUUACAGAGGUUUUAGUGUUUGAUGAAUCUCUCGUUAAUGAGAUCUAGGCACGAAUCUGUCUCUCAUGAUGCCUCUAUGUCCUCCCAUGUUUCAAUAUGUUGUUGCCUAUUCCUCGUUCUCUUCGUACAUAGCUUAUCCCACCAUACCAUUGCAUAGUCCGUGAAUUCUAUGGCAGUUAGCGUUACCUUCCUCUUUUUUGAGUAGUUAUGUCAAUAAAAAAAUUAGCUCCAUCUUCCUCUCCCAAUCAAGGUAUGCAUCCGGAUUAGUUGUCCAUUUGAACAAUAAAAUGUUGACCUUGUUUCCCUUAAACUCGUCGUCUUUUUCUCGUGGGUAAGAACCUUCCUCUUUGAAUGCUUCAAUCUCCUCCUCAUCAUGGAAUCGAGGCUGAUUCAUUCUCGUAGGUUGCGACACACCCAAAGGAUGAUGUCUCCUUAUGUAAGACUGACUGCACUAUAGUAAGACUGACUGCACAUCAGUCUACUAUCAUACCAGUGAUAGAUGUGAUCAAAUUAUUUUCUCAAAUAUAAGACUUCAUAUCAAUAUCAUAUGACUAUCAUAUCAUGAUAUUAUCACUAUGGAAUAGUGAUAAUAUCAUGAUACCAUUUAAUUAUUUUGUCUAACGUAAGAUCUCAUCAACACCCUACCACUAUUAUGGAUGACAACAAAACCCGAACCCACGGGUACCCACCCGACCCAACCCGGUCAACGCGGGUAAAAUCCAUGUUGACGGGUUUUGGGCCGGGUUUGGGUUUAAACCCGUUCACUAUUCACCGGGUUGGGUUUGGGUUUAGGUAAACCCGCCCCAUGGGUACCCGCCCACACCCAUAUAAUUAAUUUUCUCGAUAUAUUUAAUAUUCUAAACAACUAAUCUUAUUUAUGUUUGUGAAGACAUGUCUAACUUUUUCUUUCUAAUUGUGUAGAAUGAAGUUGAUGUUAUCGAGUGGAGAGUGAAGAAACUUAAUUGCAAGGAAGAAGCUUUCAAUUAAUCAUGUUAUUUAUGGAUAAUUUGUGAUUUGCUUCAAUUUUCUUGAGUUUUCUAGAUUGGUGUUGAUUAAUUUGUAUAGUUAAUUUGUGAUUUGCUUGAAUUUUCUAGAAUGAUGUUUAUAUAUGGAUAAUUUGUAUUAAGAGAUUGAAAUUUGACUUUAAUUUUGAUAGAAACUUGUUAUUGUAAAUAUUUUAGGAAAAAACUCGUGAGUACCCAUGGGGUUUUUUGACUUUAACGUUAGCACCUUACUAAUAAAUUUGCUAUUAAAACUUAGAAGCACCGCAACCGAUUUUCCAAUCUAAUUGAAUUUGAAUUAAUUUUUUUAAUUUAUAUGGAUUUUGAUUAAUUAAAAAUUUUAGUUAAUGAUUGCCUUUCGGAAGUACCAAAAGGCCAAAAUAAACACAGAUAAAGCCAAAUACGUUUCCUGCUUUGUCAUUUUUAAGCAGCGGCCAAAACGAACCUAAACCCACUGGAGAAAAAUUCGUACAAUCAUUGACCUUGGGCCCAUAUUUUAUUCUCUCAAUCCUAGGCUGUGAGAGCGAAAGAAACACAGAUAAAGCCAAAUACGUUUCCUCUCUCCUCCUGCCACUCACUACUAGUAGAGAGAGAAAGAGCAACGAACACCAAAAUGUCCUCCCAUCUUCUUCCUCCUCGCCCCCGCUCCCGGCCUUAUCUCCGUCCAUCGUCAACUAGAAUUUAAUAUAUUCUUCUUCGCUUCCCCUGCGUAUGGUUCUUAGGCUUCCCCCGGAGAGCCCUCCGCUUUCUUAUCCAGCCACCGCCCGUGAUCCCCCUUCCGCCGCCGCACUCACUCUGUAUCCAGUUUCAGUAACUUCUGAUGUGGAAGUGGAACCCGCGGUAAUGUCUUCAUCGUUCCCAAUUCUAAAUACUUCAAUCGGAGACAUGUACAACAAAUUGCCGGAAACAUUCCAGGUUCCUUCCGAGAGGGAGAAGGAGAUGAUGAGAAACCCUAUAUCUCAACAGACACCUUCAAUGGGUUAUAGUAGUGGUACAGUCGAGCAUUUGUUCUCGUCGUCUUCCAGAUUCGCAAACGAGAUGCAUGUUUCUUCACCCCAGGGAAAGCAUUCUUGGAAUUCGCCAUUUGGUUCUCAAUCACCAAGUGGCAGAGCAGGUUUUCUGCCAUUGCUUUCCUCUCAUACACAAGUACGUUCCUCAACGUUGGGCAGUAGUGACUCUGAAAAGACUGAUUGUAAUAUGACGAUUGCUUUUUGGUCCAUUGAUCCGAUUCCGAACUUUCUCGAUUUCCAAGAGAAUGUGUCAAUUCAAAAUGUUUGUCAUGAGGAGACUGCAUGCGCUGUUGCGUCUGAAGAUCCUUCCAAGAGAACAACAGAUUGGCCGUGGGAAAGUCAGUGGACAGCGGUUGAUGAUAAUCUCAACACGGACUGGAAUCAAAUUCUUCCUGGAGUUACUACCACUGAGACCAAACAACAGGCGCCACAGCAGUCAUCCAGUAACUCGGUGCCAACUGUCUCAGUAGAGCAACCUCAAUUUAAUCAGCAGCUUCAACAAUCGUUUACUAACUGGGUGCCAACUAUCUCAGUAGAGCAAUUUCAGUUUGAUCAGCAGCUUCAACUAUCAUCUACGAACUGGGUGCCAACUAUUUCAGUAGAGCAACCUCAGUUUAAUGAGGAGGUUCAACAAUCAUCUAGUAAAUGGGUGCCAACUAUCUCAGUAGAGCAACCUCAAUUUAAUCAGCAGCUUCAACAAUCAUCUAGUAACACAGUGCCAACUAUCUUAGUAGAGCAACCUCAAGUAAAUCAGCAGCUUCAACAAUCAUGUAACAUGGUGCCAACUAUCUCUGUAGAGCAACCUCAAGUAAAUCAGCAACAACCUGCCGUUACUGAAGAAGUAAGAUCUGUUGCCACACCAUUGACCUCUGCACCAACAGCAAGCAAAACCAGGAUGAGAUGGACACCUGAGCUUCAUGAGGCUUUCGUGGAAGCAGUCAAUCAGCUUGGUGGCAGCGAACGAGCUACUCCAAAGGGUGUCGUGAAGCGGAUGAAUGUUGAAGGGUUGAAUAUUUUUCAUGUCAAAAGCCACUUGCAGAAGUACAGAACAGCCAGAUACAAACCCGAGCCAACUACUGAAGAGAAAAGGUUGAGUUCCCUUGGCGUAACAAAAUCAAUGGACUGGAAAACGACCAUUGGGAUAACUGAAGCUUUAAGACAACAAAUGGAAGUUCAGAAGCAAUUACAUGAACAACUCGAGACUCAGCGUGAAUUGCAGUUGAGAAUCGAAGAACAGGGAAAGAAUCUGCUGAUGAUGUUGGAGAGACAAAAGAUGGAAGAGGAGAAAGCCAAGCUUCCUUCAUCUUCCUCCCCACUAGUCAAUGAUCAACUGUCAAAUGCACUUCAGGUUUCUGCAGACGAUAAAUUACAAGCAGCAGAUGGUGAAGAAAGCUUCCAUAACCUGAGCACAAAGCGAAAAUCACCUGGGGAUGGAAAUACAAAGGACACCCUUGACCAAAAUGAAGACAAAGGGUCCAGUCCAGUGCAGGCUAAAAGGAAAAGGACGGACGAAACAUCUGCAGCGGCGGCUUUAGAGUAGUCAAAUUUCUUGGGUAAGAUGAUUAGGGGACAGUGAUUCGGAUUUGGGGAAGUUUUGGGAACUUCUGGUUUUUUGUUACAGAAGUUAAUGUUUUAGCUGUUACUUAACGGUCCCAUUUGCUGUUUUGCGUCGGAAAUUGGUCUAGUUUAUUCAUAUGUUGCAUUGCUGGCUGUACAUAUUCUAUUUAUGGGAAAAAUGCCGGCCAGAACUGACGUUCAUAAACUUUUUGCAUAUACCGAUAUAGCCAACCGGCAACCAGUACGAAGAGUGAUGGCAAUGGGAUGAGGCGGGUACUUUAGUACCAUGCCACGCUCUUAUGCUAUUAUGGGUUGGGACGGAUAAUACAUGAGCGGAUACUUGGGCGGGGUGAGUUGAUCCAUUCUCACAAAUUAUUUGAUAAGAAUACACGAAAUUUUUUACUUUUUACGAUAAGCGAAGUGGAAAACACUUUAUGAAUAAAGAUUAGUGAUUAUAGAAUGGAUAAUUAAAUCUAACUAGUUGAAAGAUCAAAUCUAACUAGUUGAACAAAAAUCAAAAUAUGAGAAAUGUGAAUAGAUACCAUAAGAAAUUGAGAUAGAAUGAAUAAAGAAUGGGGCAGGACUGGGCGAUGCAUGGUGGGUCAGAAGUAAAAACUUAUGUCUCUACCCCAUGCUACUACGAUCGGGUAAUACACGAUGGGCGGGUUCAAAUAGACAUCCCUCAAACGCUUGCACUCCAUUGAUGAGCUUUUUUUUUUUUUUUUACAAGAACUCCAUUGAUGAGCUUGCUGUUAGUUAUCAACCUGGUCCAACAUAGCUCCGUUGCAUGUAAUUGCAAAUAUGACAAAUUUGAGUUUACCCUUGUGCAUCAACACUUACAUACCCCUUACACAAACCCCAUUUUUGCUCAUACAACACCGGUGAUUUCUUCCUUUCCCAAGGGAGGGAAAAGCACGGCCAAAGUCAACCCAAGUAGGGUGUAGUUCCGGCAUUGGAAUUUAGAUCAUAGGCGCAUUCUUGACACCUUAAUUACAUUUAAUUUUCCUUCAACAAUUGUUUUCCUUGUGAGGGUUGUAAGUCCUGCAGCAUAAAACAAGAACGGGUAAGGUGAUAGGUUUUCAUCUUGCCUUAAUCUACACAUGUUUGAGCAUUCACACGAACAUAAUUUUGCGCUCGGUUAUCCAAUCGUAGCGAUUUUUUUUAUUUUGCAUAAAUUUUUGAGAGCUUGCAAGCCGCAAACAACCAUAGGUGGUUUGGUCCCGCUUUAGUCCCGAAAAACUUUGUUUGCUACCCCGAACGAGCAAUUUUUCGAUUUCGUCAAACUUUGAACGACCAUAACUUCGUGCUCCGCAAUCCGAACGUCAUGAAUUGUUUUUUGAUUUUGCAUAACUUUUUAAGUACUACACCUUUUAUCAUAGCCAUAAUUUCGGAAUGUAUGUAGAUUUGUGAAAACUAAAGAGUUAUUCCCAAAACCCUGUAUAUCCACAAAUAUUUCAUGUUUUGAAAAUUCUCUCCUACUAGAAUUUGUAGUCCUUAAAAAUUUAUGAGAAAUAAAAAAAAGUCAUGACGUUCGGCUUGCGGAACACAAAGUUAUGGUCUUACAAAUUUUGACGAAAUUGAUAAAAUGCUCAUUCGGGGAAGCAAACGACGUUUUUCGGGACAAAGGCGGGACGACGGUGUGCCGCUUGCAGAAUAACAAAAAAAAAUCGCUAUGAUCGGAUGACUGAGCGCAACGUUACGUUCGUUUGAAGUUUCAACGUAGGUCAGGCCUUCACUGCGUUUCUCGACCGCAGUGAGGCCUUCACCACGUCCCUCCGCAACGGUGAUGCAUCGCUGCAUGUGUUUACCACGUUCGUCAACCGUAGUGAUGCCCAAACAUGUCUUGAUUGAUAAAUUUUUUUAUAACGU